AUGAUUUUCAUCUUCUCACUACCCACCUCCUCACGCAUUCCCCACUCUUGUUGUUUCCAGAUUAGGGUUUUCCGCUCCCUCUCUUCAACCCUAAUUCCUUUUCUCCGUUCAACAACAUCGUUCCUCCCUGGGGUCUGGUUCAGUCUUUCCUCCCGCCAAUUCCAGGUCGCUGCAUUUUUCAAAUACUAGCCGUUGAAUCCGCGUGGAUUUUUCAAUUUUGACUGUGAAAUGUCGGCGGCGGGACCCGAGAAGAAGGCCGACGAGGAGAAGGUUGAAGGGAAAGGAGGGGAGCUCUUGUUCUGUGGGGCCACCGCUUGGGAUGUGAUUGGCCGCAAGAAAGGGGUACAGCCGGGCAACUUGGUCUCUCCCACUCGGCUCCGCCCACUGGUCGGCGUCGAUAUCCGCUUCGUUGCUUCUGGAAGCACAUCGUGCCAUUGCGUGGCCUUGGAUGUUGAUGGGCGUUGCUAUACUUGGGGACGUAAUGAGAAGGGGCAACUGGGUCAUGGAGACACAGUUCAGCGGGAUAGGCCGACCGUUGUCUCCGAACUCUCCAAGUAUAAGAUCGUCAGAGCUGGAGCUGGUAGGAAUCAUACAGUAGUUGUUACUGAAGAUGGCCAAUCACUAGCAUUUGGCUGGAACAAGCAUGGACAGCUAGGCUCUGGUUCUGUGAGAAAUGAAAUUGAGUCAUCUCCUGUCCGUUGUCUUGUGUCUGAUGUUAAAACUACUGCUUGUGGAGCUGACUUCACUGUAUGGUUAUCAUCUGCUCAAGGGGCUACCAUAUUAACGGCUGGGCUUCCACAGUAUGGUCAACUUGGACAUGGGACAGACAACGAGUAUAACACAAAGGACAGCUCAGUCAGGCUAGCAUAUGAAGCCCAACCUCAGCCAAAAGCAAUUGCAGCUCUUGCGGGGGAAACUAUUGUAAAAGUUGCAUGUGGGACAAACCAUACAGUGGCCGUGGAUUCAAAUGGCUAUGUUUACACGUGGGGAUAUGGUGGUUAUGGAAGGCUGGGACACAGAGAGCAGAAAGAUGAGUGGUCACCUCGCCGUGUUGAUGUUUUCCAAAGACAGAAUCUUUUACCUCCAAAUGCUGUAGUUUCAGCUGGUUCUGUUAAUUGUGCAUGUACUGCAGGUGGUGGGCAGUUGUAUGUGUGGGGGAAAAUAAAGAGUACUGGGGAUGACUGGAUGUACCCAAAGCCACUAAUGGAUCUAAGUGGUUGGAAUUUACGGUGCAUGGACUCAGGCAACAUGCACUUCUUUGUUGGUGCUGAUAAUUCCUGCAUAAGCUGGGGCUUUGCUCAGUAUGGUGAACUGGGAUAUGGUCCUGCUGGACAGAAGUCGUCAGCAAUACCCAAGAAGGUAGACAUUCUUGAGGGCAUGCAUGUGUUAGGUGUUGCCUGUGGGUUGGGCCAUUCUAUGGUUAUUGUAGACAGAACAAAUAUUGGCGAUCGACUUGAUCAGCUUGAUGUAUACGAUGGCAAAGAUGCUGCUGAAGGUACAAUGACUCCGAAUUCGUUUCAACCCGAGGCGCCAUCCCAGACAAACAAACCUCCAGCGAAACAAAACGCGAAAAAGGGUAGGCCGGCCAAAUCUCCCGACAGUGCAAAGAAGCGGAAGAAGUCGUCCAAAGAUGAUUCAUCCGAAUCAGGGGACGACGAUGAAGAAGCCAGCAGUGGUGACGACCGCGACAAUGAGAGCGACGACAGCGAAGGACUCUCCAACGGCAAGAAGAAAGCUCCGAAGAAGAGUGCGCGAGGCGGGAAAGCGCCAUCCGGGCGUGGACGCGGCCGCCCACCGUCGGCGAACAAGGUUAACAACAACAAUGCUGCUUCCCAGGUAAAGCCUGCUGGUAAGAGAGGAAGACCCCGCAAGUCUUAGUAGUAAUGCCAUGAUCUUGGGAGAUUGGGUUGAAUAUUCCAUUCUUCUUCGAUUCUGUACUAUUGACUCACAAUGUUCUGUUGUAACUUCGGAAUUUUGCAUUUUUUUAACAUUUGAUUCCCCUCGGUUGAAUAUUCCAUUAGUCUCUUGCAUUUUGUUCAUGGAAAAAAGGGAAUUUUCCUUGGAUUAGCAAGUGGACACUAGGGAAAAGAGUGUAGUAGAGUACUGAUUUGUGAUGAAAGAACGAGACAUUUUGACCCUUAUUAUUGGAGUGGGAAUUUUCUCAUUUUGCUCGUAUAAUUGUGAAACAAGCAAGGUUGUCAACCCGCGGGUUGACCCGGACCCGGU